AUGCUUAAGUUAGAAGAAAAAGUGGUGAAGGAUACUCGAGUUCGAGUCAUUGAACCGCUGAGGUGUAUCCUAUCACACAAACGACAACAAGUUUCCCGACUGGACACAUUUCGUCGGAAUGCCGAUAGCAGUCUUCAAGAAGCAUCCGAUAUAACGGCAGCACUACAUGCCGAAUACUGUGAAUUGUAUCAAGUCAAUCGGGAAUCGCUCCAGCUAAAAUCCAUCAAAGAUAUCCUGAACGGUCACAAUGAUUAUGUGCUACAACUGCACAUGACCAAUACAAUGAAGGAACACUACCACUCGGUUGUCAUACCCCAACUUAUGCAGAUACUACGGUCGGAGCAAAUUAUAGUUGAUAAACUGGUCAAGUCCGAACUGCAGACAAAGUUUGAUCAAUUGAAGAAACAGUUCUCCGAACUGUCCUCAUUUAUGCAACAGAAUCGUGAUGUAGUGGAAACCUUGGAAAAUUUGGAAAAACGGUGUGCUAUGGCCCGUCGACCAAUUAAUUAUAGGAUCCAACAAUCUCUACAACGUCAGACAUCGGUAAAAUCAAACGAAAGCAUUGGUGAUGAAAGAUUUACCAGAUUAACCAAUUUGCGCGCCCCAAUUUAUCUGGGUUCACCUUCAAGUGACACUGGACAACACUCGGACAGAUCCCUUCAACCAAGUUCACCAUUCGCGGAGGACGGUUAUCCAGUGCAACCGGAUUCGCUUCGUACACCCGAACAGCCUGCUGAUCCCUCCAUCCAGGUAUUUCGUGAGGCAUGUGAACAGGGUGGAAUACGAAUACGCAUUAAUUUGGAAGACAGCAAACGUCAUCUCCGAGCCGGCAACAAACAGGGUGAAACUGGUGUGUCAAGAAACACCGAUACACCAAGUAAGACCUCAAAGAUAUCCGCGAACGGGAACUUUAAGAAUCAAAACGAAACGUUGAAGAUAAUCGGGUCCGAGAAAGACACAAUGUCAGAUGUGAAAUUUCAGGUUGGCGGUGGCGGUGGCGGUGGAGGUGGUGGGCCACCGAAUAUAAAGGGUCUGUGGAAACGUGCAUUUCAUUCUUUGCGUAAAGAUAAGGGAAAGCGUGAACCCAGCGUUUCCAAGAGGAGAGAACCACCAAGCUCUUCUGAUGAAAUCGAUCCCGUGUACCAUCUGCUAAGAUGCGCCGCAAGCAAAAGCCAGUCCACUGCAAUUGCAACCAGCGGGAUUGGUACACCAAAAACACCUGUGGAUAGAAUGAAACCCAACACUUUGGAAUCACCAAAUUCAAUUUCCCGAACUAGCUAUGGUGCAGAAUCCUCAACCCGAUUCAGUCCCUAUGCCAGUACUGGUGCUACAGGGAAAAAACUGUCCAAUGUCACAUUUCGAUCGCCUUACCACGGUUCGCUUUUAGCAGCCCCUGAGACCGAUCAGCGUCGCGAUUUGAGAUCUCAACUGGACGAACCUGUGAGUGCAAAUGCCCCUGCCUACUCUCCCGCAAGAGCAAUAAGCCCUAAUGCGUAUACGGAUGCGGGAGCCAAAGACGCACCCGUCUUGUUGGAAAUGGGAGAAGGAAUCCUGGAAGGAAGCGCGGAGGACGAGAAAUCUAGAGAGGCACAACUAGCUUACGAGCAGCACAAAAGAAUGAGUGCACGAAGGAACAUGUUGAAAAAUACACAAAAAAGCCUCUCGUUCGCCGUGGAUGAAGAUGGACCGGAUAAUAUUGUCAAAGGUAGACCAAGUCAAGCCUACAAUCCCAAUCGACUUCGGCCUCCACUUUGUGAACGCAUGAAAAGUUUAUCAGUGGACGACAAAAACGAAAUUGAUGAUCGAAAAAGAUGGGAAGACCCCGGUGAGCAUUCCAUUCGUCGCUCUCCGCAGUUCCAAAUUGAUCCACCGGCAGUGGAUAUUCGAAGACAUCAUCGUUCGGAGAUGACUGACCGAAUUCCGAAUGAUACUGUUGGAUCAAGACCCACCGGUAGAGAAUCGACGCAACCGCCACAUUAUCGCACACCGGAAUGGCACAUGGAUAUCCAGUCACAACCGAAUUUGGAUGAGCACAAACCGAGAAAUAUCACCUAUCAACCAUAUCCUACCAGCUCAAGCAUGAGCCAAUCAGUUGGAUCCAAAUUUCCCGUUGGUGGUUCCUCGUCAAGUAGCAUCUAUCAUCCAAGUUCCGCAUAUGGUCGACGAGAACAUAUGGACAGUAUUGGCGUUCCUCGUAUCCAGCUGAUCUACGGUGAGUUGACCUAA